AUGUGGCCCCAGGUGUUAUAUCUCAUCGACAAUAACCUUUCUGAUGUAACGACAAUCGGGUACCUGCCUUCUUUACGAGGUCUUUACCUCCAGAGCAAUGAGCUCACUUGUACGAAAGGCCUCGAGCAGCUGCCCUGUUUAACUGAGUUAAAUCUCGAUGACAACAAGAUUUCCAGGCUGGAAGGUCUAGACAGUUCCACUAGCCUCUCCCGGUUGUCUCUGACAGCUCAAAGGACAACAACACCGUUGUUUUUGUGUCCCAAUGUCUUGACUGUAUUGAGUCGAUCUCUGCAAUACUUGAACAUUUCCAAGAAUAGAGUGGAGGAUCUUGCACCAUUUGGUACCCUGCAGUUUCUUGAAGUCCUCCAAGCAUCAGAGAACCUAGUUAGGGAAAUCGGGUCGAUUGAGGCUAUGCUUGUCGGCUGCAGAAUGCUUUCCACUGUGGAUCUACGACGCAACCCCGUCACUAAGGUGCGACAUUACUGGGAACGUCUUCUCCUGGGAGCUUCUACGACUCUGAAGGAGGCAGACGGCCGCCAAGUUACUAAUGCUAGCAGAUUCUUCGUCCAGGAACUCCAGAAACGGCGAUGCGCCAUUAUGAGGCAGAAGACACUCGAUGCGAAUGAUAACUUGGAGAACUCAUCUAACUCCCAGUUCCCUUCCAGAAGUGAUCUCGCAACGAAUUCCCUUUGA